ACAGCACACAUCACAAGGAACAUAUUUCCCGCCAUUGAGACUCUUAACUACCUAUCAGUAUUUAGUUAACAAUAUAGUGCAUACGAAAUCAAACCCAAUAACACCAUUAAGAAAUGAUUUUACAUAAAUCAAUAUCAAAACUUUCCUGGAUAUUAACUGUUAUUGUACUUUUUCGUAUGCACUGGUCUUGUAUAUUUUUCAACAUCGCGCAUAAAUCUAAAUUGAAGCAGAAGUCAAAGAUCGCAGGAGGCUGAUUUGCCAAAGAUUGCGAAGAAAUCGUCUAAAUGAUUUGGUAAUGUCCUUGUCAAAAGGUUCUAGAGGGGGUGGAUAUGAUCCACAAUCCUCAAGUGAAACUGAUACCCAUGUGAGUUAUGAUAGAAGGGAGAGUGAUGGUCCUGACAUUAGACCUACAAAAUAUGGCAAAAGAAUGAGCUCAAUUGGUAGUGUCAUGAUGACAACAGAACUCAUGAAAGAAAAACAGCAAAGGGCCAAAGAUCAACGAGAGGUUAGAAGAAUGUGUCUUACGGCUGCACAUAAACACAUCAUAAAGAUAGUUGCAUAUCACAUUGGGUUGGAUCAAGGAGCUGUAGAAGAAUUUGUUUUGGAUUCUGAAAGACACAUGCAACUGUUCAGCAGCUUUCUUGACAAAGAUGGAAUCAAGAGUUUGAAAUUUUACUAUCAAGAUUCAGUAAUGCCCAGCUUUGAAGAGUGUGGAAGAGCAAUUUAUGGAAUAUCUAAAGGCACAGUCACAAUGAGGGUGAUAGUUACCAGUGGUACCGGUGAUAAACUAAGGGGAUCAUGUGUGUAUUUUCUGAGAACAAAAACUGAUGUCAACAUCACAAGCAAAAACAUUGAAACAGAGAUACUCUUUGGGUACCUGGAUAUGAAUCAAAUUUCGGGAAUUUUAGCUGCAUUUGAGUUGGUGAUGUCUAAAGUGUAUAUGCCAGCACUAAAAGCUUAUGACAGAUGGGGAGAAAUGGAGGAGUCUCCACAAGGAAGAAAAGCAAAGAAAAACUUCAUAGAUAAUUUUGGCAACUUUCUUGUGUACCUGAGAAGUGCCCAAGCAAAUUCAGGAGAAGGAGUUCAAUUGGCAAAAUGUACAAGUGAAAAGAUUAAUAUUAGAGAAGUUGGAACUGUCUCCAAAUGCAUUCAGUUAGCAGCCAAUUCAGAUAUUGUUACAGAAAUGGAAGACCUUGUGUCAACAUGGUGCAAACAGAUUGAGCAGAUUUUGGCUGAGAGUGAUCAGAUGCGGAAAGAAGCUGAUGAUACAGGUCCAUUAGCAGAGUUGGAGCAUUGGCGCCAGCUGAUGGCCAGAUUUAAUGCCUUGUUGGAACAGAUAAGAAGCCAUAACUGCAGAAUGGUCAUUAACAUCUUAAAUGUUGCAAAGUCAAAAGUAUUAAGGAAGUGGAAAGAUCUUGACAAGCGCAUCACAGACAAUGCCAAUGAAGCAAAAGACAAUGUGAAGUUUCUCUAUACACUGGAGAAGUACUGUGAACCAUUGUACAGAUGUGAUCCAAUUUCAAUGACAGACUGUUUGCCUGGCCUGCUCAAUGCAGUUAGAAUGAUCCACAAUAUAUCAAGAUAUUAUAAUACUUCGGAGAGAAUGACAUCCCUCUUCAUUAAGGUGACAAAUCAAAUGGUUACAGCAUGCAAGACAUACAUUGCUGGAGAUGGUGUGACAAGGCUAUGGGAUCAACCGAGGCAACCAUUGAUAGAGAAACUGCAACAUUGUUUGUCAUUAUAUGAAAAUUAUCAAGCCAGUUUUCAGAGGACAAAGGAAAAAAUAGAUGGAACUCCGGGGGAGAGACCUUUUGAAUUCUCGGAAAUGUACAUCUUUGGAAAGUUUGAGACCUUUUGCAGAAGGCUUGACAAGAUCAUUGCCCUGUUGAAUUACAUUGAGUCAUUUUCCACCCUGUCAUACUCCAAGAUUGAGGGCAUUGAGACAUUCGCUUCAAGAUUUGGACAGAUUUAUGGGACCAUCAAAAAGAAACCUUAUGAUGUUUUGGAUCAAAGAAAAACCGAUUUUGACACAGAUUUUGAUGAUUUUCACAGACAAAUGAGAGAUCUAGAGGUUAACAUUCAGAAUUUCAUGGACACAUGCUUCCGAAAAACUCCAUCCACUAUUCAAGCACUCCAGCUCUUGAAAAGAUUUGAAAAGCUGAAUAUUCCACAUUUGAGCAUACAGGACAAGUACAAGACAAUAUAUUUGCAGUUUGAACAAGAGCUGGAGCAGAUUGGAAAGCUGUACACAAAGUACAAGGAUGAUCCACCCAUGGCACGAAAUAUGCCACCUAUUUCUGGUAAAAUUAUGUGGAUUAGACAACUUGCAGAGAGAAUUCAAGAGCCAAUGAUGAUAUUUGCUGAGCAGACAUCUUGUAUGAAGACAAGUGAUGCCAAAAGAAUUAUCAAAAAAUACAACAGACUUGCAAAGGUUCUUUUGGAGUAUGAAAUUCUUUUUCACCUUGCAUGGAAGGACUCUGUUGAAAUUGCAACAAGAUACUUGCAAGUACCAGUUUUAGUAAGAUUGCCACAGGUCUCCUCUGGAGUUUUACUGGUGAACUUCGAUUCCUACAUUUUUGAAGUAAUAAAAGAAUCUGAGUACAUGAUAAAACUGGACCUUGAGAUUCCUAAUGCAGCAAGGACUCUUGUUCAUUCAAGAGAGAGACUGAAAGCUCAUGUUUCACAAAUGAAGCUUUUGUUGGAUGAAUACAAAGAAUUGCGCUUGGAAAUCCCACCAAUUUUUGAACCUCUUCUUAGACCAGCUCUAAAACAGGUUGACAGUGCAGUGCUCCCUGGUUUGAUUUCUCAUACCUGGACAUCUCUUAGUUUGCCAGCUUACUUCAUUAAUGUUAAGGAAGCCUUAGCAAAGCUACGGAUCAUUGUCAAAGAGAUCUGUGACAUUAAAACGACGAGGAUUGACUACAUGUUAAAAGAGAUUAGUGAAACAUUGCUGUGUGACUUACCAGAGAGACAUCCAUGGACUGUCUCGGAAUUCCUUCAGAAGACAGAGAAAUAUUCUUGUGAAAUGGCACUGGAGAUAAACAGAAUGAGCCAAGUGGUAGAGGAUGCAGUAAAAGAAUUGGUCAGAAUAUUUUUACACCGAGCACAUUUGGUACAGUGCUCGUUAGAAAUUGAUGAAAACACAGAUAGAGGAGACACAAUAUCUGUUUCUGCAAAGUUAUCAGCAAUAACUGGGUCAGAUUUAACUCCAGUAUGUGAAGAAACUGAUGUGACAGAUGAACAACACAUUCGGGAAGCCUGUGAUGAGCUUAGGGAGUUCUUCAAUCAAAGACUGGUGGAGUCUCUAUUGAAGGCAACCAGACACUCUCUAGACAUGCUGAGGAGGAGAUUCUUUUCUGGUGGCAGACGAUCUACCUUGAUGCAAUUUGAUGAAGGUGUAGGAGGAACAACUGAUGGCAGCAGAGUUCCUUUCUUUACAGCAGAUAUAGCCCUUGCCAUACCAAAUGUUGUAAUGCGGCCCAGUGUAGAGGACAUACAAACAGCACUGAACAGGGCAACUCAGCUAGUGUUGGAUAUCAGCAAAGGGGUCUACCAAUGGAACCAAGACCGAGAAAAACAAUAUGUACGGCAUAUUUCAAAAAAGCCCUCACUUGCCAUGGUUCAAGGUGCAGGCCAAGAUACGCACAACUCACUGAGACAACUUGAAACGCCUUUAAAACAUUAUUAUAAGAGCAUAGUGGACAACAAGGAUGUUUCUAAGUAUGUGGUGAUCAUGUCUUCUGCUCUUGGCUCAAUGAAACCAGAAGUAUCAGAAGCUUUACAGCGAUACUCCGAUUACUCCUUCCUGUGGAAACAUGAUAGAGUUGAAGCUGUAAAGGAAUUUAUGAUGGAGGAACCAAUACUCUCUGAAUUCAAGGCCCAAUGCACAAUCUUCAAAAAUCUUGAGAACAACAUAGAUGACAUCCAGGCAUCUGAGAUUGUUGGUCCAAUUGAAUUGUUUCCAGAACCAUUAAAGUUUGCAUUAAGAGUGGAAAUCAAAGCUUGGAAGCUGAUGUUUGGAAAGGAACUUAAUAAGCAGUACAGAGAAAAAAUGGAAGGGAUUUUAAAGUUUGUGGAUGAUUGCAGUAAAAGACUAGCAAGACCAAUUCGUGAUCUGGAAGAUGUUAGAGAGGCAAUGUCUGCACUGAGUGACAUCAGAGAAAACCAGAUAGCUUUUGACAUGCAGUUAGGACCCAUAGAGGAAUCAUAUGCUAUGCUGAAUGAAUUUGAAGUAGUCGUCAAAAAAGAGGAGACAGACAUGGUUGACUCUCUGCGAUAUUCCUUCCAGAAUCUGUUGAGAUGUGCGAAUAAGAUCCAAGAUGAAUUAGUCCGUGUGCAACCAGGAUUCAAAUCUGAACUUCUGACUUCCGUGGAGAAUUUUCAAAAUGAUGUUACUGGUUUUGGAUUAAACUAUGAUACUGAGGGACCAAUGUGUGAAGGGAUCUCUCCAACAGAGGCCAAUGAUCGUCUGACUGUGUUUCAGGCUCAGUUUGAUGAACUUCAUAACAAGUAUGGGAUAUACUCGGCUGGAGAGCAACUGUUUGGUCUUUCUGUAACAGAAUACCCAGGUCUUAUGAAAGUCAAGAAAGAACUUGGACUUCUACAAAAGCUGUAUGGAUUAUACACCAACGUGAUGACUGUCAUUAAUGGGUACUUUGAUAUCCUGUGGACUGAAGUCGACAUAGAGAAGAUUAACAAUGAACUAAGUGACAUGCAGAACAGAUGCAGGAGACUCCCAAAAGCACUAAAAGACUGGCAGGCAUAUCAAGAUUUAAAGCAAAAAAUAGACGAUUUUAGUGAAUCUUGCCCUCUCUUGGAGCUAAUGUCAAACAAAGCUAUGAAAGAACGCCAUUGGGAGAGAAUUUCCAAGCUUACAGGCCAUACAUUUGAAUUUGAUUCUGAGAAUUUCACUUUGAGAGACAUUAUGAAAGCUCCUCUUUUGAAGCAUAAAGAGGAUAUUGAGGAUGUAUGCAUUUCUGCUGUCAAAGAGAAGGAUAUUGAAGCCAAGCUGGCACAAGUAGUUAGUGAUUGGACUGGCAGGAUUCUCUCUUUCUCUAACUUCAAAUCCAGAGGGGAGUUACUGUUGAAAGGAGCUGAAACAUCAGAAAUAAUAACAUAUCUUGAGGAUAGCUUGAUGAUUCUAAGUUCUUUGCUUAGUAACAGGUACAACGCCCCCUUCAAGAAGACAAUUCAGGAGUGGGUUGCAAAACUCUCUAAUACAACUGACAUUCUUGAAAACUGGUUGAUUGUACAAAAUCUUUGGGUAUACUUGGAAGCAGUCUUCGUUGGUGGAGAUAUUGCUAAACAGCUACCACAGGAGGCGAAAAGGUUUCAAAACAUUGACAAAUCUUGGGUGAAGAUAAUGCAGCGUGCACAUGAAUGCCCCAAUGUUGUUCAGUGUUGUGUUGGAGAUGAAACUCUUGGACAGCUUUUGCCACAUUUACUUGAACAGCUGGAAUUGUGCCAGAAGUCUCUUACAGGCUAUUUGGAGAAGAAGCGACUUGUUUUCCCAAGGUUUUUCUUUAUAUCUGACCCAGCCCUACUGGAAAUCCUUGGUCAAGCUAGUGAUUCACACACAAUUCAGUCUCAUCUACUGGGUGUUUUUGAAAAUGUCAACGAGGUUGAAUUUCAUGUCAAAGACUAUGACAGAAUGCUUUCUGUGAUAUCAAGGGAAGGUGAAAAAAUCAUGCUGGAAUCACCAAUCAUUGCUAAGGGGAAUGUAGAAGUCUGGCUUGGAGAUUUGCUGAAAGAACAACAGAAGUCUCUUCAUGGAGUAAUACGUGAUUCUUGGAGAAACAUUGUGACGCCAGAAUUUGAACUGAUGGGUUUCUUGGCAGAUUUUCCUGCACAGGUUGGGCUCCUUGGUAUUCAGAUGAUUUGGACAAAAGAUGCUGAGUAUGCCUUGCAACAUGCACGAGGGGACAAAAAAAUAAUGCCAACUACAAAUCAACGGUUUUUGGAUAUGUUAAAUCGUUUGAUUGAACAAACAACACAUGACUUGACCAAGGUGGAAAGAGUGAAAUACGAAACACUAGUUACCAUCCAUGUACAUCAGCGAGAUAUUUUUGAUGACUUGACAAAAAUGCAUAUAAAGUCUCCAUCAGAUUUUGAGUGGUUGAAACAGGCUCGAUUUUAUUUCAAAGAAGACACAGAUCAAUGUAUUGUGCAAAUAACAGAUGUGAAUUUCAUGUAUCAAAAUGAAUUUCUUGGAUGUACUGACAGACUGGUCAUUACACCACUUACAGAUAGGUGUUACAUCACGCUUGCUCAGGCCUUGGGAAUGUCCAUGGGAGGAGCCCCAGCUGGACCAGCAGGUACAGGCAAAACAGAAACAACCAAAGACAUGGGCAAAGCCUUGGGCAAGUAUGUGGUGGUUUUCAACUGCUCAGAUCAAAUGGAUUUCAGAGGACUGGGAAGAAUCUACAAAGGGUUAGCCCAGUCUGGAUCCUGGGGAUGCUUUGAUGAAUUCAACAGAAUUGAAUUACCUGUGUUGUCAGUAGCCGCUCAACAAAUCUAUAUUGUCCUAAAUGCCAAAAAGGACAGAAAAAAGGAAUUUAUAUUCACGGAUGGUGAUAUUGUUGAACUGAAUUCAGAAUUUGGAAUUUUCCUUACAAUGAAUCCUGGGUAUGCAGGCCGUCAAGAACUGCCAGAAAACUUGAAAGUUCAGUUCCGUACUGUUGCGAUGAUGGUCCCAGACCGUCAGAUUAUUAUGAGAGUCAAACUGGCUAGUUGUGGAUUUUUGGAGAAUGUUCUUUUGGCACAGAAAUUUUACACACUUUACAAAUUGUGUGAAGAACAAUUGUCAAAGCAAGUUCACUAUGAUUUUGGUUUGAGGAAUAUUUUGUCUGUACUGAGAACUUUAGGAGCAAACAAGAGAGCUCGACCAAAUGAUACAGAAAACACAAUUGUGAUGAGAGUUUUGAGGGACAUGAAUUUAUCAAAAUUGGUGGAUGAAGAUGAGCCUUUGUUCAUGAGCUUGAUAGCAGAUCUGUUUCCAGGGAUAGUGCUAGACAGUGCAACAUAUGCAGAGUUGCAAGUAGCUAUUGCCAAGCAAGUAGAUGAUGCUGUGUUGAUUAAUCAUCCGCCAUGGAAUCUCAAACUUGUGCAGCUGUAUGAAACGCAGAGAGUACGGCAUGGCAUGAUGACACUGGGUCCAAGUGGUGCUGGAAAAACCUGCUGCAUCCACGUGCUGAUGAAAGCCAUGACUGACUGUGGAGCUCCUCACAAAGAAAUGAAAAUGAAUCCAAAAGCUAUAACAGCUCCACAGAUGUUUGGUCGACUUGAUGUAUCCACAAAUGACUGGACAGAUGGCAUCUUCUCAACACUCUGGAGGAGAACUCUCAAAUCAAAGAAAGGAGAAAACAUAUGGAUUGUACUAGAUGGCCCUGUUGAUGCAAUUUGGAUUGAAAACUUGAAUUCAGUUCUUGAUGACAAUAAGACUCUCACACUGGCAAAUGGAGAUCGUAUCCCUAUGUCGCCUGCAUGUAAGGUUGUGUUUGAGGUCCACAACAUCGACAAUGCAUCCCCAGCUACUGUGUCUAGAAAUGGUAUGGUGUACAUGAGUUCAUCAGCACUGGAUUGGAGACCAAUCUUACAGGGUUGGCUGUUGACAAGAAAUUCCCAAGAGAGUGAGCUUCUGUUGGCUCUCUUCGAUAAGACCUUCGAUGAAUUGUACAGCUAUAUCAAUACAACCUUGAUUCCAAAAAUGGAGACUUUGCAGUGCAAUCAAAUUAUGCAGGCUUGCAAUUUACUGGAGGGCUUGAUCCCCAAAAAGGAUGACAAAGGCACUUUACCUGCCUUCCACCUUGAAAAUCUUUUUAUAUUUUCUCUGAUGUGGAGUUUGGGUGCAUUACUGGAAUUAGAUGAUCGGGCCAAAAUGGAAGAAUUUCUCACAAACCACCAGAGUGCACUGACAUUGCCUCCUGUUAAAGAAGGAGAGACCAUCUUUGAAUAUGUUGUUGAUGAACAUGGAGAAUGGGAGCACUGGUCUACACGAGUGGAAGAAUACCUUUACCCCUCAGAUUCUGUUCCAGAAUUUUCAUCCAUUUUAGUACCAAACGUAGACAACGUGCGAACAAGUUUCUUGUUAGAUGUUAUUGCAAAACAGAACAAAGCUGUACUACUAAUUGGAGAGCAAGGAACAGCAAAGACUGUGAUGAUUAAAGGCUACAUGGCACAAUAUGACCCUGACAAUCAUCUGAGUAAAAGUUUCAACUUUUCAUCUGCUUCAACACCAUCCAUGUUCCAGAGGACAAUAGAGAGCUACGUUGACAAGAGAAUGGGGAGUACAUACGGACCUCCAGGAGGCAGGAGAAUGACAGUUUUCAUUGAUGAUGUGAACAUGCCCAUUAUCAACGAGUGGGGUGAUCAGAUCACAAAUGAAAUCACCCGACAAAUGAUGGAGAUGCAUGGCAUGUACAGCCUUGACAAGCCUGGAGAUUUCAUAUCAAUAGUAGAUAUGCAAUUUGUAGCAGCUAUGAUACAUCCUGGAGGGGGGAGAAAUGAUAUUCCUCAAAGACUGAAACGACAAUUCUCCAUAUUUAACUGUACUUUGCCAUCUAAUAAUUCCAUUGACAAAAUCUUUGGAAUAAUUGGUUGUGGAUACUUUUGCCCAAGUCGUUUCAAUCCAGAGAUAUGUGAGAUUGUGAAGAAGAUUGUACCAGCUACAAGAAUUCUAUGGCAAAUGACAAAGGUGAAAAUGUUGCCUACACCAGCUAAAUUCCAUUACAUUUUCAACCUCAGAGAUCUAUCCCGUAUAUGGGAAGGAAUGCUGAAAAUUAAAGGAGAAGAAUGUGAAGACCAGUUGAUGUUGUUAGGACUCUUUAAGCAUGAGUGUGCUAGAGUCAUUUCUGACAGAUUUACAAAUGAAAUGGACAAAGCUUGGUUUGAGAAGUGUUUGAACAAUGUCAUUCGUGAUCACAUUGAUGAGAUGCUAGUUGACAGGUGUCAUGAAGAACCCUAUUUUGUUGAUUUUCUGCGUGAUGCUCCAGAACCCACAGGAGAAGAGGCUGAUGAUGCUGUAUUGGAGGCCCCCAAAAUAUAUGAACAGAUCCCAUCAUAUGAUUCACUGAAUGAAAGGCUGUUGACAUACAUGGAGCAAUACAAUGAAGCAGUUAGAGGUGCACAUAUGGAUCUAGUCUUCUUCAAGGAUGCUAUGGUGCAUUUAAUAAAGAUAUCUAGAAUUAUUGGUACUCCAAGAGGAAAUGCUUUGUUGGUUGGAGUUGGAGGAUCAGGAAAGCAGUCCCUUACUCGUCUAGCCUCAUUUAUUGCAGGCUACAGAAUAUUUCAGAUAACUCUUUCCAGGACGUACAAUGUUAGCAACUUGAUGGAGGAUUUAAAGUUCAUGUAUCGCAUUGCUGGAUGUGAAGGCAAAGGAAUCACAUUUUUAUUCACUGACAAUGAAAUCAAGGAUGAAGCUUUUCUUGAAUACUUGAAUAAUGUUCUUAGCUCAGGAGAGGUAUCGAACUUGUUUGCCAAAGAUGAACUGGAUGAAAUUACACAGGAAUUGAUUUCUGUCAUGAAGAAAGAACUGCCUCGUUGUCCCCCUACAUUUGAAAACUUGUAUGACUACUUCAUAUCUAGAGCACGGAAAAACUUGCAUACAGUCCUCUGUUUCUCUCCGGUUGGAGAAAAAUUCCGAACAAGAGCAUUGAAAUUUCCAGGACUCAUCUCUGGUUGCACUAUGGACUGGUUUAGUAGAUGGCCAAAAGAUGCUUUAAUAGCCGUUUCAGGACAUUUCCUUAACAAUUACCAUAUAGUCUGUAGUAAAGACAUCAAGGAACAAGUUGUCAACUCCAUGGGGGUUGUCCAUGAUGAUGUAGCUUCAGUUUGUGUGAAAUAUUUUCAAAGAUUUCGUCGACAAACCCAUGUGACACCAAAAUCGUAUUUAUCGUUUUUGGAUGGAUACAAGAACCUUUACAGUAAGAAGCAUGCUGAGAUAAAUGAAAUGGCGAGCAGAAUGAAUACAGGUUUAGAAAAACUCAUAGAAGCAAGUGAAUCUGUGGAUAAGCUAGCAAAAGAGUUGGCUGUGAAGGAAAAAGAAUUGGCUGUCGCAAAUGUAAAGGCUGAUAAAGUUUUAGUAGAGGUAACUGCAAGUGCUACUGCAGCAGAAAAAGUGAAAAGUGAAGUACAGAAAGUGAAAGACCGAGCUCAGAAAAUUGUAGAUGAAAUUGAAAUGGAUAGAAAAAUUGCAGAAGAAAAGCUGGAGGCAGCCAAGCCUGCACUCCAAGAAGCUGAAGAUGCUUUAAAGACUAUAAAACCAGCUGAUAUUUCAACAGUGAAGAAACUUGGAAAACCCCCACAUUUGAUCAUGAGGAUAAUGGACUGUGCAUUGAUUCUUUUCCAAAAGAAAAUGGAUACAGUAACACUGGACCCAGAUCGACCAUGUCCAAAACCAUCAUGGGGAGAAUCUCUAAAGCUGAUGAGUGGUUCAGGAUUUUUGAACAAUUUACAGUCCUUUGGAAAAGAUACAAUAAAUGAAGAAACAGUUGAACUUCUUCAGCCAUACUUGACUAUGGAAGAUUAUAAUAUUGAGUCUGCCAAGAAAGUUUGUGGAAGUGUCUCAGGAUUGUUGCAAUGGUCUACUGCUAUGGCAUUUUUUUAUGGAAUAAACAAGGAGGUUUUACCUUUAAAGGCAAAUCUAGCAAAACAAGCAGGAAGAUUUCAAGUGGCUUCAAAAGAACUGAAUGCAGCACAAGCACAACUGGAUGAAAAACAAGCAGAACUUGACAAAGUGCAAGCAUUGUAUGAUGCAGCAAUGGCAGAAAAGCAGACUUUGUUAGACGAUGCAGAGUCCUGUAGGAGGAGGAUGAAAGCUGCAUCUGCAUUGAUUGGUGGUCUUGGAGGUGAAAAGACUCGGUGGACAGAACAAAGCAAACAGUUCAAGUCCCAGAUUGAUAGACUUGUUGGAGAUUGUUUGUUAAGUACAGGAUUCCUAUCUUACUCUGGACCAUUCAAUCAAGAAUUUCGAAACAAAUUGAUUAGAAAUUGGCAAAAAGAAUUGGACCAUAGAAGAAUACCGUUUACCAGUGACUUGAAUUUGAUAUCCAUGCUGGUUGACAAUGCUACUAUUGGUGAAUGGAAUAUUCAAGGACUACCAAAUGAUGAGCUUUCUGUUCAGAAUGGCAUAAUCACAACAAAAGCCACCAGAUUCCCAUUGCUGAUUGAUCCACAAGGACAAGGAAAAGCUUGGAUAAAAAAUAGAGAGAAAGCUAAUGAUUUACAGGUCACCUCUCUGAAUCAUAGAUACUUUCGAGCCCAUUUGGAAGAUUCUUUGUCACUUGGACGUCCAUUACUUAUUGAAAAUGUUGAAGAAGAACUGGAUCCAGCUUUAGACAAUGUGUUAGAGAAAAAUUUUAUUAAAUCAGGUUCAACAUUCAAGGUCAAAGUUGGUGACAAAGAAUGUGACAUAAUGAAUGGAUUUUACUUAUACAUGACAACAAAACUGGCAAAUCCAGCCUAUACUCCAGAAGUGAGUGCUCGGACAUCUAUCAUUGAUUUCACUGUCACUAUGAAAGGCUUAGAGGAUCAACUUUUAGGUCUUGUUAUUCUGAAAGAAAAGAAUGAACUGGAAGCUGACAGAGCAAAACUGAUGCUGGAUGUCAACACAAACAAGAGAAAAAUGCAGGAGUUAGAAGACAACUUGUUGUACAAGUUGACAAGUACCAAAGGAUCCUUAGUAGAUGAUGAGUCCCUCAUUGAAGUUUUGUCUGUAACAAAAGUAACAGCUGCAGAAGUCAGUGAGAAGUUAACUGUUGCAGCUGAAACAGAAAUCAAGAUAAAUGAGGCCCGUGAAGAAUUUAGACCAGUUGCAACAAGGGGAAGUAUCCUUUACUUUCUUAUUUGUGAUAUGAGUAUGGUGAACAGAAUGUAUCAAACAUCAUUGAAGCAGUUCCUUGGACUAUUUGAUAUAUCAAUGACAAGAUCUGAGAAAAGUCCAGUGCCAGCAAAACGCAUUGGAAACAUCAUCGAGUAUCUAACGUUUGAGGUGUUCAGAUACACAUGUAGAGGUCUUUAUGAAUCGCACAAAUUUCUAUUCACACUGCUUAUGACACUGAAGAUAGACAUGCAGACAGAAAAAGUGAACCCAAAUGAAUUCCAAACAUUUAUCAAAGGUGGAGCAGCAUUAGACUUGAAUGCUGUUAUGCCAAAGCCUGCAAAGUGGAUAUCUGAUAUAACGUGGUUAAAUUUAGUGCAGCUCAGUGGAUUACCACAGUUUUCAGGAAUUCUGAAUAGGGUAUCCAAGAAUGAGAAGGAAUGGAAAAUUUGGUUUGAUACUGAUGCUCCAGAAGAGGAACAAAUCCCAGAUGGAUAUGAUGCAGUACUGGAUGCAUUCAGGAGACUUCUGCUAAUCAGAUCCUGGUGUCCAGACAGAGCUAUACCUCAAGCUAGAAAGUUUAUAGCAAACUCCAUGGGUCAACGAUAUGCGGAAUCAGUCAUUCUCAACUUAUCGCAGACAUGGGAAGAGAGCAACACCAGAACACCGCUCAUAUGUCUUCUUUCAAUGGGAUCUGACCCUACCAAUCAAAUUGAAUCUCUAUCAAAGAAAGUUCAACUAGAUUUCAGAGCUAUUUCUAUGGGUCAGGGGCAGGAGAUUCAUGCUAGAAAAUUAAUAGCUCAAUUCAUGAACAGUGGUGGAUGGGCAUUGUUACAGAACUGUCAUUUAGGUCUGGAUUACAUGAAUGAAUUGUUGGAUACGGUAAUGGAUACUCCUCAAAUUCACGAUGCUUUUCGAGUGUGGAUUACAACUGAAGAGAGUGCGGGGUUUCCUAUUAGUCUUCUACAGACAUCCAUCAAAUUCACAAAUGAACCACCCCAAGGAAUUAAGGCAGGUUUAAAGAGAACCUAUGCUGGAAUUACUCAAGAUUUUCUAGAUGUUAGCAACAUGGUUCAGUGGAGACCUAUGCUUUUUGCUGUGUCUUUUCUUCACACAGUUGUUCAGGAGAGAAGAAAAUUUGGUGCUCUUGGUUGGAACAUUCCGUAUGAGUUUAACUCCUCAGACUGGACUGCCAGUGUGCAGUUUGUGCAGAAUCAUCUAGAUGACUUGGACAUUAAAAAGGGAAUAUCAUGGACGACAGUUCGGUACAUGCUUGGUGAGGUGCAGUAUGGGGGUAGAGUCACGGAUGAUUAUGACAAGAGACUGUUGAACACAUUUGCAAAGGUUUGGUUUGGAGAUUUCAUGUUUCAGCCAAACUUCCACUUCUAUGUUGGAUACAAAAUACCAAACAUGAAACCACUCAAUGAUGUCAUGAACUUCAUAGAAAAUUUGCCCCUAGUAGAUUCCCCAGAGGCUUUUGGGUUACAUCCUAAUGCUGAUAUUACAUACCAGACAAAUUUAUCCAAAGAGAUUCUGGACACCAUUAUGAGCAUUCAGCCAAAAGACAGUGGAGGGGGUAGUGGGGAGACACGUGAAAGUGUUGUGUAUAGACUGGCCACUGAUAUGUUGUCCAAACUGCCUGCUGAUUACUUGCCACAUGAGGUCAAAGACAGAUUGAAAAGGUAUGGAAAUCUGCAUCCUCUGAAUAUUUUCUUGAAGCAAGAAAUAGAUCGGAUGCAACGAGUCAUUUUUACAGUUCGUAUUACGUUGACUGAUCUGAAGUUGGCCAUUGAUGGUACAAUUAUCAUGUCUGAGAAUCUCAGAGAUGCCCUAGACAACAUGUUUGAUGCAAAAGUUCCCAAUUUAUGGAGAAAAAUAUCUUGGCAGUCAACAACUUUGGGAUUUUGGUUCACAGAACUUUUGGAGAGAAAUGACCAGUUCUAUACUUGGGUUUUUGUUGGAAGACCAGAUUCUUUCUGGAUGACAGGAUUCUUCAACCCCCAAGGAUUUUUAACAGCUAUGAGACAGGAAGUUACAAGAGCACAUAAAGGCUGGGCACUUGAUUCAGUCACUUUACACAAUGAAGUCACCAAAUCAGUAAAGGAAGACAUAUCCACACCACCAGCGGAAGGUGUUUAUGUGUAUGGACUUUACCUGGAUGGUGCAGGAUGGGACAAACGAAACUGCCGUGUAUGUGAACCUCCACCCAAAGUUCUCUUUACACCGAUGCCUGUAGUACACAUGUAUGCCAUUAAUUCCACAGCUCCAAAAGAUCCAAGAUUGUACCAGUGUCCAGUCUAUAAAAAGCCUCACCGCACAGAUCUCACAUACAUUACCUUCAUUGUAUUGAAAACAAAUCAAAGUCCUGAUCACUGGAUUUUGAGAGGAGUGGCAGCUUUAUGUGACAUCAAGUAAUUGCAGUCAGAAACAUGCUGCAAGUUGAUUAUUUGAAUUAAAAAGUCCUAAUGUUUGUUUGAUGGAAGUUCAUGCAGAUACAAUGACUUUUGAAAUUUAUAAGACAUUGUACAAUAAUUCUCAUAUUUAUUCAAAUAUAUUUAAUUGAAAAAUGAAAUGAUAUUGUAUAUACAUGUAAGUAUUAAAAAAUAAAUAUGUUAUAUCAAGUA